CAUCCAAUUUCCCAAAAGAUGCGUGUAAAAAGCACAUGGAAAAGAAUUAAAAAAGCACUUGUUUAAGUGCAUUCAUGCCUUCCCACCCCUCUCUACAUUCCCACAAGAACCAUGUUCACAACUACAAAAACCAGACCAACUUUCCUCAAAAAGACAUCACCACCACAACCCACCACCACCGUCAUGGCCCCUACCACCAGCAAAACCAAGAGGCCCAUUUUCCCUAUCCAAUCCAGCUUACUCACCACCCUCUUGUGCAUCAUCCUCUUCACCAUCCCAGCCCUCCUCCUCCUCCACACCCCUCCUGCCUCCAUAUGCAACCCUUUCUCCACCACCACCCCUUCUUCUUUCUCAGGCGACCUCCGCUCAGCCGAGUUCUCAUGGAACCGUCUGAGCUUCUCCUCUAGCAUCCCUCCACCAGUUGUCCUCAAAAUAGCAGUUUUCACUAGAAAAUGGCCACUCGGGACAACGCCUGGAGGGAUGGAGCGCCACGCGUACACUUUGUACACAGACUUAGCUACGCGUGGCCACCAGAUCCACAUCUUCACUUCACCACCGUUCGAAGAUGUCAGUCUCAUAACUGCGAACACCACCAAUGCCCCCAUUGUGCAUUUUCUUGAGGAUGCUGAGCCCGGGCAAUGGCGGUACAACAAGGCGUGGGAACAAUACGAAGAAGAGAACGGAAAACGCCCAUUCGACGUUAUCCACACCGAGAGUGUGGCUCUACCGCAUCAUAAAGCUAGAGAUGUCCCAAACCUUGCGGUCUCAUGGCAUGGAAUCGCACUAGAGAGCGUUUCAUCAAGCAUUUAUCAAGAUUUGUUAAGGAGGCCCGUUGAGCCAAUGUCGCAAUCGUUUAACAAGAGUUUACAAGUCAUGAUCCCAAAAGUGUUGAACGAAAUUCGUUUCUUUAGAAACUACCAACAUCAUAUAGCGAUAAGCGAUAGUUGCGGAGAAAUGCUUAGAGACGUGUACCAAAUUCCUAGCAAACGAGUGCACGUGAUCGUUAAUGGCGUAAACGAGAACGAUUUUCGUGAAGAUCCCGAAUCAGGGAAAAAAUUUAGAUCUAAAAUCGGUGUACCGGAAAAUGCAAGUUUAGUCCUAGGGGUGGCUGGGAGACUGGUGAAAGAUAAAGGUCACCCUUUGUUAUAUGAAGCUUUUGCAAAUCUAAUAAAAAAGUACAAACAUGUGUAUUUGGUUGUGGCUGGGUCCGGACCAUGGCAACAAAGGUACAUGGAACUAGGGUCCCAAGUCAUAGUCUUGGGCUCCAUGAACCCGUCUGAGCUUCGUGGGUUCUAUAAUGCGAUUGAUAUAUUUGUGAAUCCGACGCUUAGACCACAAGGGCUUGAUUUAACGCUCAUGGAAGCAAUGAUGGCCGGGAAGCCUGUGAUGGCAUCACGGUUCCCGAGCAUUAAAGGGACUAUACUUGUUGAUGAUGAGUAUGGUUUUAUGUUUUCACCAAAUGUUGAGUCCUUGGUGGAGUCCUUGGAAUUGGUGGUAGCGGAAGGUCCGAGGAGACUCGCGCAAAGAGGGAAGGCAUGUCGGAGAUACGCAAGCUCGAUGUUUACCGCGCGAAAAAUGGCAUUAGCAUAUGAGAGACUCUUUCUUUGUAUAAAGGACGAAACGUUUUGUAUUUACCCUUAGGCGUUCUUUAGUUUUUUUUAUAUAAUUCCUUAGAUCAUAUGAAACAGUUAAUUCACAUUUUAUAUAUUGGAGAUUUGAAUGAA